AUGCGAGGCUUUGUGAAGCGCGCGGUGAACGUCGCAGGGACGUCAAACAUGAGAGACAUCGGCGGCUACACCAAGACCGUGCCGUUCGUGCGCGUGCGUCAAGGUCUCGUAUUCCGCAGCGACAGCCCGCACAACGUCCCGCCCGACGUGGCGCAGAGCGUUCUGGUGGAGCAGCUGCACUUGACGCACACCUUUGAUCUCAGCAGCCCACGCGAGGUGACGCAGAAGCCGUACUCGUUCCCCGGCAUCGACCACGUGCUGCUUCCCAUCGGUGGCUCGCUCGUGACGAAGCUGUGGCAUCCCGGCGUUCACCUCACCCCUGCCCUAGCGCGCGAUCUUCUCCACCGCACCUAUCGCAGGCGCAUCGACGAGUGCUGUGAUCAGUUUGCGCAGGUGCUCCGCUUUCUGGCGAGUCGCGCCUUCGCGGCCGACGGCUCGCAGUUCAUUCUUUUCCACUGCACCGCGGGCAAGGACCGAACCGGUUUCAUGGCGGCCCUCAUCUUGCACUUGCUCAUGGUGCCUCGCGGCACGAUUCUCGAGGAUUACAUGCUGACGAACCGCUUCUUCCAGCCGCCGACGGAGCCGAACGCGUACUUUGACGCCAUCAGCAUGGACCGCGAGGUGCACGAUAUAUUAUGGCACGUGGACGAAACCUACCUGGCGGCUGCGCUGGAUUACGUGGAGGAGCGCUACGGGAGUGUGGACGCGUACGCGAAGAACCAGCUCGGCCUUGAGGCGGCCGCCGUCGAGUGUCUUCGCGAGCGGCUCCUGGAGUGA